AUGGAAAAUGUUAAUGAUCGUGAUGAUUAUGUUGAAGAAGAACUAGCUUCUCUUCUUACGCAUUACUCGCAUGAUUUUGAUGAAUCAAUAACGUAUGAAUGGAAAACAUUCCGAAAAUAUCUACUCAAGCGAAAACAAAAUGGACAAGUAAUGACACAAGGACAAUUAUGUAUUAAUCUUGUUCAAGAUGAAACGUUGAAAGAAGUUGAUCCUCAGCUGUCGUUAGUAGCCGAAAUCUUCCCGUGUGCACCAAUAAGUACUGCCACAGUCGAACGUUAA